AUGUCGAAGACCGUGGAGUUUCCUGACCUUGAAAAGUGGUGGUAUGAAGCAGGCCCCGAUGACUUGGUCUGCUGCGCUUGCCAAAGGAAGAUAGGCGCCUCCGCUCUUGCCCGGACUUUUCGUCUAAAUCUAUCCCCGAGAGGCGAUCAUGAAAGCUCAUCGAAAUAUACCAAAAUCAUUGAAACUCCGCUAGGCGAAAACCUUGUGAUAUAUGACCGACAUUUACAUUGUCUGCUGCAAAGUGGCGUCAAGUAUUCGAGCGUUUCUCACGUAUGGGAUCCAGAAAUCUCCCGCAUCCAAAAUCUCGGUCGGCAUUCGCCACAACCUCUCGAAGCCUGUCGUCUCGUUGUGCAACUUCCAGUUUUCUUAUAUACCGGGCUGUUAAGAGGGAACGAAAUUUCGGAACAAGAUGAGGUUUGGUGCGAUUAUGUUAGCGUCCCGCAGUGGUCUGAUAACCUCAAGAAUAGAAUCUUGUUGGCUAUCCCACAAAUCUACGGCUCGUCCAGUAUGACGAGGAUACAUUUCAACGACCUUAGCAAACAAAGCAUUAGGAUGCUUUACGAAGGCGAGACGACCUUUCAACGACUCAAGGGAAUCACUGAUAUCCGCAAUCUGGUAUGGUUCAGUCGUGUUUGGACAGCAAUGGAGUUCGUCAGGAGCAACCGUGUGAUUUCGAUCGAUAAGGAUUAUGAUGUGUGUCCUGAUAGAAAUGACCCCAUAUAUAUGAAUCAAUUGCAUCGGGUAUGGGCCCAGGAGCUUUCUAAGCACGAAUCAGUCCAUCAGCUAGAGCACCGAGCUGGGAUGGGUAAGAAUCUUGUGCCGUGGAAUUUAGGUCCACUCACGGGCAUAGAACAAAGGAAAUCAGCAGUAUUUGGACAAGCCUUCUCGCUGGUCUCAAAACGCCGAUGCCGUAGUAAUCAUGACUUUCUACAUGCAUUGCUUGGUUUGGUUGGAACAACCUCAGAUCGUCCCCUUGAAUACGACUUCAAGCGCGAAUACGCUCACAUUGCGAGACUUUGUCUGGCUGCUGGUGAUUACAGUCCUUUGUUAAUGUCACCUCGACGACUUAGGAGCAUGAUGAGCGGUUCAGGUAUCUUCAUGGGUUUCAUGACGUGAAUAUCUGGCCCCUGGGAACUGGCCGUCGUCCCUCAGACUUUCAUGGGGAGUUUUGCUUUGAUAAUUAUGACUUGGAGAAUGGAGACCCAAUCCUCAAGUUGCAAAAGAUCGGGGUCGUUUCUCAAGUGUACAGGAGGCUCGGAGCAAGUCCGAUAGCAGAGUUCGCCCAUGAUGCAUAUAUCACCCUGCAAUCUACAGGUCCAGAUCUGUAUACAUUUAUUGAGACCCUUGGAUCCAGAUUAUAUGAUGAGGAUGCUGCCUCCAUAAAGAGCAAGCUAUUCCUAGAGAAUCAAAUUGAUAAGCUUACAUACAUACUACGAGUAAAACACAAUCAGGGCAAAGGAUUUCCAAUCGAAGGACCUGAUGGUGCUCGCUGGGUCGCAGAAGCCAUGAAAUUCACCAGCUCAAGAGGGUCUUCAGCAAAUCCCGCGAGUCGAUUGGCUUUCUUAAUGGCACAUGGCGGUACAAUUCAUUGUGGCUUUGCAUCAGGCCCAGGUGGUCACAAUUGUCUAAUAUCAGUUGCGUGUCCCGGAUGCCGUCGAAGUUUUUUAUUUCGAGCCGGAUUGUUCGAGUCACCUGAUAGUGUGAAAGGUCUCGUGGCAUAUCGUAUUCCUGGUCUCAAGUUUGACUUCUCCCAUUGGGACGGGGUGAGAAUUCUUCUCAAAGAUGGCCGUGUCAUGGGUCGAAUGGUAUGGGCUACUCCAGCUUGUCACUGUUUUCAGUUUGAGAAGGUUCAGAUCAAAAUUCCAGAUUUGCCAGACCGGAGUCCGAGGCCAUUUGUAUUCUAA